AAAACGCGUCGCUCGAAGUACAUCACUAUCAUUUUGUGACCUCUGUAUAAACAGUGUUCGCGCGCUUUUUUAAAAUAAAAAAAAAUAUUUACGUAUUCACGUAGUGCAAAAGUAUUAAAAAAUAUUAGUGUUGGUGUGACCCUUUAAAAAAAUUUACAUACACUUUUAAACAUUAAAUGUACUUAGUAGUAGUAAUUAAUAAUUAAAAAAUAAAUUCGUGUUUACAAAUAUACAAGAAAACGUAGACAUUUUAUUGUGAAACAAUCUUCAAAUUACUUAUUUUCCAAUUGUUUUCCCGCCUAAAGAAACUUUUUCUUUUUUUUUUUUCUUCGAUACUAUCACGUUUUACUAAUCAGCUAUAUAAACUUUAAAUAAAGAACAAACUAUUAAUGGUGUAGUGUGACGAUGUCCAUUGUGAAUUUGAGAACUUAACAGUGCUAAAAAUAAAAUGAAGAACACAAACAGUGAAAAGUCUGAUGAGUGGGAGACGGAGAAGCUGAACCCCAAUGGAUGGGCACAGGCGCGACCCAGUCAACAGUUCAACGUGGUGAGACGUGUAUAUCAGCAGGAUAUACUCAAUAAGGACGCCGACUAUCAGGUUCCUGAGAAACCAUUGCGUUAUCAAUGCAAGAAGGUAGUGAACAGCUGCGGCUUCGGGGACUGCAUCGUGAACUCUCUGCCCAUAGCGAGAUGGUUGCCCAGAUACAGCCUGAAGCGCGACCUCGUAGGGGACCUGGUCGCCGGCGCGACCACCGCCGUCAUGCAUAUACCUCAAGGUAUGGCGUACGCGCUACUAGCGGAGGUGCCUCCAAUAGUUGGUUUAUACAUGGCGUUCUUUCCCGUACUCGUGUACGUGAUCUUCGGCACCUCCCCCCAUGUGUCCAUGGGGACGUUCGCUGUUGCCUGUCUUAUGGCAGGAAAGGUGGUCACUCAGCACGCAACAAUACAUAUGGAUUUAACGAAUUCGACUAAUAGCGUACUUUCAACGUCAACCCUGGACGGUGUUGGGUACACGCCGCUACAAGUGCUCAGUAUAGUUUGCCUAGCUGUCGGAAUAUUUCAGAUAUUAAUGUGGGUGUUACGACUGGGCGCGGUGUCGUCCCUCCUGUCCGAGCCGCUGGUGUCAGGGUUCACCACCGCUGCCUCGUUUCACGUGCUCGCCUCGCAACUGAAGGACCUCUUCGGGGUCAAGAUACCCAAACUGUCAGGGAACUAUAAAAUCAUUUUUACAGUGAUCGAAGUGAGCAAAGGCCUUCCAAACUUGAACGUGGCUGCGGUGGUCAUAUCCUGCAUCACGUGCGUCGUGAUCGCGCUCAACAACGAACUCCUCAAGCCAUGGGUGAGCAAGCGUUCCCGUGUGCCGGUCCCAAUCGAGCUACUGGCCAUAGUACUUGGCACCAUUGUGUCCAAAUUCUGCGGACUGGAGGAGCGGUACGGGAUCAAUCUGGUCGGAAACAUACCCACGGGACUGCCUGUACCCCAAGUGCCGCCAGUGGAGCUGCUGCCGAGCAUAGCCAUCGAUGUGUUCACCAUCACCAUCGUGACAUACACUAUAACCAUGUCUAUGGCGCUCAUCUUCGCCUCCAAGGAGAAAUAUGAGAUCGACGCCAACCAGGAACUGUUGGCUUUGGGUGCAAGCAAUGUUUUCGGUUCGUUCUUCUGCUGCGCACCAUUCUGCGCCAGUUUGUCCAGAUCUUACAUACAAUACCAGGCGGGCAGCAAAACGUGUGUAACAUCGGUGGUGUCGGCGCUGCUGAUCCUGUGCGUGCUGCUGUGGGUGGGGCCGUUCUUCGAGCAGCUGCCGCGCUGCGUGCUCGCCGGCAUCAUCGUCGUCUCGCUCAAGGGCAUGUUCGUGCAAGUCAAGGAGUUGCCCAAAUUUUGGAAAUUGAGCAAACUGGACGCGGUGGUGUGGCUGGUGACGUUCCUCGUCACCGUGCUGGUCAACAUCGAUAUUGGGCUGGGCGCAGGCCUGGCGGCGAGCGUGGGCGCGUUGUUCUGCCGCGCCCAGAAGCCUUACACGUGCCUGUUGGGGCGGGUCCUCAACACCGAUCUCUAUUUGGACAUCAAGAGGUACCGAGCGGCGGAAGAGUUGCCAGGCAUCAAGAUAUUCCACUACUGCGGCGGCCUCAACUUCGCCAGUAAGAACUUAUUCAGAUCGACUCUCUUCCGUAAAAUUGGCUACAUGAAGCCAGCCGAGCUCUCCCACGACGAGGACAACAACCUGACUAGAAGCGAGUCGUACGAAUGGGACCCUACAAUUGGGAGUAGAGUACACUGCGUGAUAGUGGACGCGAGCGCAUUGUCGUACGUGGAUGCGCCGGGCAUCAAGACGCUGGUCUCCAUCCACCACGAGCUUGUCGCGAGCAAUAUCACGCUGCUACUCGCCGGCGCCAAUGGUCCAGUUCUAGAAAUGAUAGAGAGAUAUAACUCUCUCGAAACAGAUCGACUGCAACUGGACACAUUCCCAACCGUUCACGACGCGGUCGUCUACUACAAAGUGCUGGAGGCGAAGCGACACGACGUCACCACCACCGUCACUAUGACGUGACAGCGGAAUGAAGCAAUCGGUAGAAACAGGUAGUAGAAAUGGUAGAAAUACAUUAUUAAGCUACGCUCACACUGACGUGAAACUCGCGCGGGACGCGAACGCGAAUACGCUUGUGUGGGAGCCACUUUAUUAUUGAUGGAACUAUAUUCUUGGAUUUUCCAAGUUCCGUAUAUCUUAAUACUAGCUUUUAGUUUAGAAUAGAAAACACAAAAAUUGUUCAGCAUUUCAUAUAGGAAUACAAAAAAGAAAAAAAAAACGUUUAAAUUGUUUCUGAGUUCCAUUACAAGCAUACAAUCAAAUAUUCCCUCAUUGUAAUAUUAGUACAAAUUUAUUUUUAUUUAUUUGUAAUAUAUAUGUACUGCAUUGUACUAAAUGACUGUUACCCCUUAAACUAUAUAGAUAGAGUAUCUCAAUAAAAAUACUUCGUCAAAAACAGGUCAACUUUUUUAUCCAAUUGUUAAUAGAGUUACCAUAAAAAGUAGCACAUUGUUUUUGUUUAAAAAAUGUAUCAAAAUUCAAUCAGCCAAGAUGGCAUUUGGCUGACAAAAUUUUAACCUGUUCUUAACACUCGAUGCUCUAUCUAUAUAUUCUAAGUGUUAGUACGUACUUAAAUACAUUUUUUCAUAUUCCAUUUUUGGAACUUAAUCAACGUCAAUUAUUUAAUUGAAAUAUAGUACAUUACUGCAGCGGCCAGCAACUGAGGCACUGAUGGAUGAACGUGCAAAUGUGGGCCGAGGCGUAGCCGAGGCAUACAUACGUGAGUCCAUCAAUGACUAGUUGUGGCCAAGGCUUGUAUAGUACUUUUCUCAAUCAAUGCGCGGAAAUCAAAAACACAAUUUUUAUUACAUGUUGGAUACGAAAUAAUUAACACCAUUUGAAAGGAGUAUUCUACCAGUGUCGAUCCCAUCAUUUACACAAAGCAAUUUACUUAAUACUCGCUUUAAACAUAAGUUAGAUAUUGUGAAUGAAUCGUGUCCCACGUCCCGCGCGGUUUCUACUAAUUUGAAGCUUCAAUUAAUAACCGAAGAGUAUAAAUUAACAUGAUUAUCUCUUGGACUUAUCACGAAACAAGAUGGUAGAAAUUGGUAGAAACAGAAUUGUUCCUACAAUUUAUAAUUAACUAAAAACUUUUAUUAUCAUAAGAGAUGGGAAUUUACGCAAUCAUUUAGGUAAACUAUGAAAUUUUACCUGGAUUAUAUCAAUGUUUCUAUCAAUUGACACACCGCCCAAGAUAAUUAUCAUAGUUUACUUUAGACUAUUUUAACUACCAAAUGGUAGAAAUUUAUUUAAUUAAAAAUUAAAGUUGUAUGACCGAAUUUAAUACAAAUAUAUAAGGACAAUAAAUGGCAAUAAUGAUAUUUAUAUGAAAUAAAGUAGUAAACACUUUAUUUUUGUAAAAUCGAAUAUAAAUGUAUGAAAAAUUCUAUUAAUUAUAUUUCGUCUAAGUACUUAAUGAGUACUUAAGUAUUUAUUACUUUAAAAAAUAGGAGAGCGACCUAU